CACAAGCAAACAUAUCCGUACUUGAAUUGGUUCAGACUUGAGUUCAGUUCGGUUUCACACACUAAAACGCAAUUGUUCAAAGUUGAAGCUGAAAGUGUCUGAAACUGGAAGUUGAUAUCUAUAAAGCGCUCACUCUGUCUUAGGUGGGGUUUUAAGUGUUGUGUUAAUAACAGAACUUCAUCGUGACAAUGGUUUUGAUAAGUGGCAACAACAAAAGUGUCUUACAACAAACAAAUGAUGAGAGGGCCAAAGCACAAGGUGUUACAGUGCUUCAGAAUUCACAUCAGCAUGGAAACAAGAACAUUGAAAGUGGGCGUACACAGAAUGUGGUCAACUCUGGGUUGACCAAAGCAAUAUCAACAAUGGAUGAAUUCAAGUGUGGAUUUCCAUCAGAAGGCCUAUCGACCACAUCAAAUAAAUGGUGGGGAAAUAGUGAUCGUGAUGAUCGUGCAGGCGCCAACGCGAAUGGAGCCAAGAGUCAUCAACCUGAAGAGAAAGUAGGGGCAGAAACAGACAAGAUGGCACACGAAACGGGAAAAGCUGAAAAAAGUGAAAUUCCUCAUGGUUCAUCUUUAUUGAAAGCUGUGAGGAAAAGUGCGGUGGAAGAAGGAAGAGAAGCAUUGAAAUUAGGAGUUUUUCGAGGCUAUGGCGUAAACAAGCUAGGCAAAAGAGAGAAAACAUUGCUCCACCAAAUAUUCGGAUCUUCAUUGCCAAGGUCAUGGAUGGAUCCAUGAUUAGAAGGUUGCUGAUAUGGCUAAAUGAGAGAACAAGAGGACCAAUUAGACAAAACUUUAUUAGAAUAUCUGAUACAAGAUUAGUUUUCUAGCGACCAUGGAUUGAGUUUUAUUGAAAAUGAAUUGUUUAACAUUAUGUUGAAGAUUCAAAUCAAUAUUGUGCCUGGUAAGUUAUUAAAGCUGAACCUUGAGGACUCUUCUUCCUGUUCUGUAAGCAUGGACAGACAGAUCUAGAAAACUAUAAGAAAGGCUGUAACUGGAUAAAUAUUAGAGAAAAUUAUGAAUUUGGUCCUUCAAAAUUGGUACCAUAGAUCAACUUUGUGCUUGACAUUAUGAAAAUUAAGUUGAUGCUGUUGGUAAA